AUGCAGCAGCAACAACAGCAACAGCAGCAGCAACAACAACAGCAGCAGCAGGAGCAGCAACAGGAUCAGCAGCAGCAGCAGCGGAAUCACCAGCAGCAGGAGCACCAGCAGCAGCAGCACCAUCAGCAGCACCAUCACAACCACCACAACCACCAGCAGCAGCAGCACCAGCAGCAGCAGCAUCAGCAGCAUCAGCAGGAGCAGCAGGAGCAGCAGCAUCCCCGGGAGUGUAUGCAUGCAAGUACAGCCGUCACGAGUGGGUAA